AUGACGCCCGCGACUCCCACCGCCGCCGCGCCCAUCCGCCAGCACCUCCCCUCCUCCUCCUCGGCGCGCUCCGGCAACCCGCGCCCCAGCGGCCGCCUCCGCCUGCGCCUGCCCGCUCGCCCCCGCGCCGCCCCCUCGGCCUCCAUGUCCGCCGAGGCGCGGGCGGCCCCGUCGCCCGUGCCGCCUCCAGCGCACCCCACCUACGACCUCAGCGCCGUCAUCGCCCUCGCCCUCUCCGAGGACGCCGGCGACCGAGCAAGCAGUACCAGACACUAUGAUUAUUCGCUUUCAUCCAAGUCUGUAUUUUCAGCCAGUCGUGGGGAUGUGUCAUGCUUGGCUACGAUACCAACCGAUGUGAAAGCUGAAGCCACUUUUAUUGCUAAGGAGGACGGUGUCAUUGCAGGCAUAAGCCUGGCUGAGAUGAUAUUUAACCAGGUUGAUCCGUCGUUGAAGGUUGAAUGGUUUGAAGCUGAUGGAAAUUAUGUUCAUAAGGGAUUGCAGUUUGGCAAAGUAUAUGGGUGUGCUCAGAGUAUUAUUGUUGCUGAGAGGGUUGUGCUAAAUUUCAUGCAAAGAAUGAGUGGAAUCGCUACAAUGACGAAGGCCAUGGCUGAUGCUGCUCGUCCAGCAUGCAUACUGGAAACAAGAAAAACUGCUCCAGGUUUACGUCUGGUUGACAAGUGGGCAGUACUAAUUGGUGGUGGGAAGAAUCACAGGCUUGGAUUAUUUGAUAUGGUUAUGAUAAAAGAUAAUCAUAUUUCUGUUGCCGGGGGCAUUACAAAUGCAAUGACAUCUGUUGAUCAGUUCUUGGAGAAGGAAAAUCUUGCAGUUCCUGUUGAGGUCGAGACGAGGACACUCGAGGAAGUUAGAGAUUUAUUGAAGUAUACCGAUGAGAACAAGACUUCAUUAACUCGUAUAAUGUUGGAUAAUAUGGUUGUACCUCUUCCUAAUGGGGACCUAGAUGUAUCAAUGCUCAAAGAUGCAGUUCAGUUGAUAAAUGGAAGAUUUGAGACCGAGGCGUCUGGAAAUGUGACGAUCGAUACGGUGAAGAAAAUCGGAGAAACUGGAGUUACAUACAUUUCAAGUGGAGCGUUGACGCAUUCCGUGAAGGCGCUCGACAUAUCUCUCAAGAUAGACACCGAGCUGGCUCUUCAAGUUGGAAGGCGCACAAAGCGCGCCUGA